AAAAUUGUUUUUUUUGGUUUCAACAUUGAGCUCCAUGUUUUCUCAGGUUGGUGCUGUUCACAUGUGUGACGUGGUAAAUGAGAUUGAGCUGGCAAGAGCGAGGUGCGAGAAUAAAACAGCAGGAAACGUCACAUCAGGCUGCAAAGGGAUGUGGGAUAUUAUUGCUUGCUGGCCAUCAGCCAAAGUUGGGGAACAUGUGGUUAUUCCAUGUCCAAAUUACUUCAGACACUUCUCUGAUCUUCAUGAGGGUAACCUCUCAAAGACCUGCACUGCUGAUGGCUGGACCGAGAUGGACCCAAUGGAAAUCGCAGUGCAUUGUGGCUAUAAUCUGAAUGGCACUAUUGACGAUGAUAGUUUCUUUAGGUCGGUGAAGAUCGGCUACACCAUCGGGCACAGUGUUUCUCUCAUUUCUCUCACCACUGCCAUUGUAAUACUUUGUAUAUCCAGGAAGCUCCACUGCACACGGAACUACAUCCACAUGCACCUGUUUGUGUCCUUCAUUAUGAAAGCCAUCGCAGUCUUCGUCAAAGAUGCGGUGCUCUACGAUGUUUUUCAAGAGUCUGACAACUGCUCCACUGACUCUGUUGGCUGCAAAGCUGUGAUUGUCUUUUUCCAGUAUUGCAUUAUGGCAAGCUUCUUCUGGCUGCUAGUGGAAGGUCUGUAUCUUCAUGCUCUGUUGGCCGUCUCCUUCUUCUCAGAGAGGAAGUACUUCUGGUGGUACAUUCUGAUUGGUUGGGGAGGCCCAACGAUUUUCAUCAUGGCUUGGAGCUUUGCCAAGGCUUACUUCAAUGACGUCGGAUGCUGGGAUAUAAUUGAAAAUUCUGACCUAUUCUGGUGGAUUAUUAAAACCCCAAUAUUAGCUUCAAUUCUGAUGAACUUUAUCCUCUUCAUUUGUAUCAUUCGGAUACUGCGGCAGAAGAUCAACUGUCCUGACAUUGGGAGAAAUGAAUCAAACCAAUAUUCGAGGCUGGCAAAAUCCACACUUUUGUUGAUUCCACUCUUUGGGAUAAACUUCAUCAUAUUUGCUUUCAUUCCUGAGAACAUAAAAACUGAGCUAAGGCUUGUGUUUGACCUCAUUCUUGGGUCAUUUCAGGGUUUUGUGGUUGCUGUGCUCUACUGUUUCAUGAAUGGAGAGGUCCAAGCUGAGAUCAAGAGGAAAUGGAGGCGAUGGCACCUCGAAAGGUUUCUGGGUCCUGACACCAAAUACCAGCACCCAUCUAUGGGCAGCAAUGGUAACAACUUCAGCACGCAGAUCUCCAUGCUGACUCGCUGCAGCCCCAAGACUCGCCGUGCAUCCGCAUGUCAAGACGAGACGUCCAUCACAGUCUAACUUAGUAUCUACAACAAUGGGUUAUGGUUACCAGAAUGAGACUGUAAAGGGCAUGAAGACGCUCGGGAAGUGUCCUAGUGAAAUUCAGUUCUGAAUUUCAGACUGUAUUAUAAUAUUUGGAGAUAUACUAAACCUUACAUUUGCUGAACAUAGCACAAUUUGAUGCCAUAGGAGUCUUUAAUGAGGUUCUUGUAUGAAAAACAUGAUAUUGGACAGGCAAUGAUCAUCUUCAGCAACACAUAAAACCUGUAAAUAAAGCCACAGUGAUCUUCUGGAGAGCAGCGAGAUUGCAGUUUUGCCGUCAUUUUGUGCCCGACUCAGAUCUGCAGGGACAUUGAAGCAACAGCAUCAUCAAGAAUGUCUGAUGAUACGUUGUUGGAAAAAGAGGUUAGGGAUUCUUUACCUGGACUGCACUUAUGUAUUUUGCUUAUGAGGCAAGUUAAAAAACAAAAAGGCAACCAAAAGUGGAUUGUUGAAUAUCCAAUAUGGAGAUAUACUGUAGAGACCAAAUGUGAUGUUUCUUCGAAACAUGUUGUUCAUAUUUUUUUUUUAUGAUGUUUUCAGUCCUGUGUGAGUGUGUGUGUGUGUGUUUAGGCACAUUUCGAAGCCGAAUGCCCUUCUCUGCACUAUCAUUCCAGAUCAGUCAUCCCAGCGGUGUCAACAUUCAUUUUGCAUGCUUGUUUGAGUGUCAUUGUGCCGUGUAUCGCCGUGAAUUGAUGGUUUAAUGGUCUAAUGUCAAAUCCUUUUGUGCAAAGAACAAACUAUCAAUUGUGAGAUCAACGAUGACAAGGAUGGCACUGUUGGAGCUUGAUAGAACUGUCAUAGGCUUUUACAAUGCUUAUUAUUAAUCUUAAUCUUUGGAAUAAUACAUGUCGACCAAUUUAUGCUUAACAAUGGAAUUAGUACUUAUGUGCAUUGUAAAUCUUUGCAGUAAUGCUAAUGCUGUAAACU